AUUAUAAAACAUUAACAUAUAAAGACACAUUAAAAUGAAAAAAAAAUAAAAUAAAUAAUUUAUCAUAGAUUAUAAAUAUGAUUUUAAAAUAUAAUCAUGUUGUAAAGCUUGAGAUAAAUCUUUUGAUCAGAAUGUCUUUUUAUACAGAAUUGUAAGCGGCUAAACGUGAUUGAGCAAGCCAGCAACAGUUUGUUUACAAAUGGCAAACUUUUAAAAAAAUGUUUAAAAACUAUAUUUGUUUUAAGUAAAACGUUUUAGCUGAGGUAUAGUAAGUUUUACCUUUCACAUGGAGCACAAUUAAAAUGUAUGGCAGGCCUAUUCAGGUAUUUACAGAACUAAAAUCUAUUAACAAAGACCAGCACAAUUUUCGAACUGCGAAAAAUGAAAUGGCUACGGCUAAACCAGCCGGUUUUGAGAUUCAGGAAAACCUCCAAACAAAUAACUCAGAAAGGCAGAUACAUGUAACUGGAAUAGGUGAACUAACACAACCCCCUGAUCGCUUUUCCAUUACUGUUAAAUGUAAAUCAACUAAAGAUAAUGUACAAGAUGCCAAAAACAGCAUUACACGAAGAGUAGAUUAUAUCAUACAAGCUUUGAAAAAUUACUCCUUAAAGGUAGGUAAACAUUAUAAUUCAUUAUGAUUAUGAGUGUUGUGUCAUGUUAUUUUUUAAAAUAAGUUUUGUUUGUUAAAUAUCCCAAAUUUACUACUGCAGCUCUAACUGGGAGAAUGCAAAGAUAAUUUUUGUGGGUAGGCAACCAGUUUUUAAUCAGAUGCAAAGUUGAGUACUGUUUUCCUUUAUUAUUAAUCAGGAUUAAUGAUUAAGGUCUUUUACUCAGUUUCCCCACUCAAAGUUAACCUCCUCCACAAGAAUGUUACUUUACUGGACUGCUGAUUACAUAUCUCAGUUGUUUUCUUACUCCGGAAGAGUUUAAAAUGCUACCUCUUGACUCUUGGUUGAGUGAGAGCAGAUAAUAUUACAUUACACCACAAGGCUGAUGAUGGUUAUCAAUCAAUGACAAUAAUAAUAAUUGAUUUAUUUGGUCUAUUUAUAUUUGAAAUGUUAUUUCCUCCUUUUCCAUCUGAUUUUUAAUUUAUAUUUUUUAAUAAAUGUCACAUGUGAUCAGGGGUCAAGUCACGGGUAAAAAAAAUGUGGGAACUCACCCUAGUUCCCCCCCCCCCCCCCCACCCCCCCAAAAAAAAUGUGGGAACACCCCCGAGCCCCCCCCCCCCCCCCCCCCAAACCUCCAAAGAAAAUGUAUUUAAUUCUUAGCAAAUUCUUAAUUUUGCCUAUAAAAAUAACAAGGUGUCAAAACAUGGGGCCCUUUAAAGUUUUCUCAGUGGCCCUUAUAGGGAUUUGUGUUUAAAAGUAAAAUUAGAAGCAAUGAUUAAAAUAUUAUAAGAAGACGCACUACAGCUUUAGAUCUUAUAAUUACUCUCAUGUAUCCUUUUAAGUAAUUUGAUUUUGAAACUCCCAAAGAAACUUAAGUUAAAUUUGGUUUUAAGCAAAUAACCUACUUUCAUCCUUGAUUUCUUUCAGCCAGAAGAUUAUAGAAUAUUUCAACACACAAGUCAUGUAGAUGACAUGGUAGUGGUUGACUGUGAGAUUGAAGCUCACUUUUUGGAUCUUAACAAGUGUCAAAAUGUGUCCAACCUGUUAGCUGAAAAACUUGGGCCUUCUGUCAGCAUUUUGUUACCUCAUUGCUACCAUGCUCGAGGGAGUUUAGAUAAACUAAGGUUCAACACUAUUUUUAAUCUCAUUGAUUUUAAAAAGAAUUAUGUUACAAUCAUUCAUAGCUAUUUUGAGUUAAUUUUCAAGUUUAGUUAUACCAAUAAUAACCAAAAUUGUCUCUUCUUAAAUAUUAAAUAAUUAAAAGAAAAACCUCAAAUUUUAGAGGUUUUUAUAUAAUUUAAAAAAUCAAUUUUUGUUUAUUAACACUGUCAUGUUUUUCAUGUGCCUGAUAAAAAUAUAAUGUUGAGUAGCUGCUUUAAUUUUAUUCUCAAAUCAUAUUUAUAUUCUAUAAGUUUAAAAAAUACUAUUUAAUUAAAUUAAUUUUAGUGUUAAGUAAAUUUGAAAAAUAACAGUAUUAACAGUAAGUCUUUUUUGUGUCUUAUGUUCAUUUUGAUUUUGUAAAAAGGAUAUUUUUAUAUAUCAUUAAUGAGCAUUAUUUCUAACUCUGAUCAAUAACUUAACUAUUGCUACUAUUCUUUAGGAAACAAGUAGGAAUGUUAGCCAUUCACAAUGCCAGACAAAAAGCUCUUGAAAUGGCUAGAGUUCUUCAUCUUUCCGUUGGGCCAGCUUUACAGGUAUCAGUAUUGAAGUAUUGUGUUCAUAAACAAUACCCGACAACAAUUAUUUAUUUCUGUAUCACUUAAUAAAGUAAAUUGUUUCAAGUUUAACUUCCCUCUUAAAUUUGACUAUUCAUCAAUUCCUUUGAGUUGCCAAGGAUAGAUGUCUAACCAUACUUAAAUUCUUUUUCUUCUAACCUUAGCUGACAGAUAUAAAGUUUAAUGUUGGUACGGUACACUAUGGAAUUACCAUAUUAAUGAUGUUCACAGGGAUGUGUGAAAUGUAGUUGGGGGGGGGGGAGAGAAAGGGGUCACUCGCUCUGGGGUUCAAAAUGAUCUUUUAGAUAGAACCUUUAUAGUAUAGUAAAUUAAACGGUAUAAUGCCAUGUACUUCACAAAGGCAAAGGGUGCCAAAAUAGUCUUUUUAAUGGUCAGCUACCGUAGCACUUUUUCUAAAUAUUGAUGACCACCUUUCUCAGGCUUUGCUCAAGUUGCAAAUUUUCCUCCAUACCAUCCUAUUAGUUUGUACCAUAGUCUUUUAACUUUAAAAAUAUUAUGGAUGUUAAUGUGUCUGUUUACACAUGGGAGAAAAUUAUUGUAUUGCAAACUUGUAAUUUCACAUGAUCUGGACAUUUUUUCUUUUGAACAUCUUGAUGUUGUCCUUAAUUUUGGUUUGGGUAAAACCAUUUAUUUACGGUACAAGUGUUAGAGAGUUCACUUGAUGUAAAUAACUGAAUUUAGUUAUAAUACAUGUUCUCAUAAUUUUUUAUAUUUUUUCUUCAAAUAGGUUCAGGAGCUUGAAACAAAUGAAAUUCAAGGGACAUCAAGAUAUAUUGAGGAUGAACCGAGCUUAAAUCCUAGUAUCCAACAAAAUGUUGCAGAUGCAACUGUCACAAUAAACAGCAAAGUGUCUGUUUGCUUUCAGCUCAGACACCCAAAACCAAAAAGAAGUUAAUUGAAGGCUCUUUUAAUUUUUUAAUACUGAUACUUAGCCGAUUCUUCCCACUCAAAAUAUUUUUUUUUAAACUUUAGAAAUAAAUAAGGAACAAAUCAAUAAAUGUUAUGAUAAUAGGUGCACUGAACUGCGCGUAAGCUUUGUAAAAGAUCCUUUUGAAAUUGGUUUCUGGGAGAUUUUUAAAUAGAUAAUAACAAGAUAAGUUAGUGUAGCAUGUCACAUAGGUUGUUUUUUUAACUGAGCAUUGUAAAUUGACAAAAUCUGAUGCUCAUUACUUAUUCAUAUACCUUAUAAGUUACUCUAUACUUUUAUAAAUUAUAUUUCUUUUGUGCCAGGUGUAGAUAUAUUUAGUCUUAUUGUGUCAUUAUUUACCUUAAAUUUUAUUACUUAGCAGGAUAUUAACAUUUUAACUUAUUAAAAUGUUAUUUCCUGUGGAGAUUUUUUAAUACAUAAAUUUCAUUAAAUAAACUUUAGAACUGGCUAAAAUUAAAUACAGUAAAUAAGAAAAAUAUUAAUAAAUCUGUAUUCCAAUUGCU